AUGAACACCAUUAAUCAGUCUCUGUUUAUUCCCAGAGCGCCUCUUACUGAGAAGAACCUCGAAGAUCAGAGCGGAAGGGUCUUCAUCGUCACCGGUGGCUAUACUGGUGUCGGCUACGAGUUGAGCAGCAUCCUUUUCCAGCGCAAUGGGGUUGUGUAUAUCGCCGGACGAAGCGAAGAAAAGGCCAAGAAUGCUAUCACUACUAUCCAGCAACUGCAUCCCGGUUCUACUGGGCGGGUGGAGUUCUUGUUAUUGGAUCUGGCCGAUCUGAGUGGAAUUCGUCAAGCUGCAAAGACGUUCAUGGCUCGAGAAUCCCGGCUCGAUGUCCUAACAAACAACGCAGGAGUUAUGAUCCCUCCAAAGGGAUCGAAGACUACUCAGGGCUUCGAACUCCAAUUAGGAACCAACUGUCUCGGUCCUUACCACUUCACUCAGUGCCUUCUUCCUGUGCUUCGUCAGACCGCCGCCGUAUCUCCUCCAGGAUCGGUCCGGAUAACCUGGGCAGCGUCCGUUACGAUCGAGUUAUAUGCGCCCCGAAACGGAGUUGUGUUCGACCCAAAUGGAUCUCCGCGAGAGCAUCGCAGUCAAGAGUCCAACUACGGUCAGUCGAAGGCAGGGAAUUACUUUUUAGCAGUUGAGACGGCCAGGAGAUAUCAUGAUGCUGGGAUCGUGUCAGUGGCAUGGAAUCCGGGGAAUCUGAAAACGGAACUGCUGCGCGAUUUUAAGCCGGUCAAACGGGCUGUUUGGGAAAUGCUGAUGUACCCUGCUAUCAAUGGAGCAUAUACUGAACUAUAUGCCGGUUGGUCUAGCGAUAUCAGCUUGUCGAACAGUGGUUGCUACAUCAAGCCUUGGGGUCGAAUUGGGCACGUCAGGAAGGAUGUCGAGAUAGCUGCAAAAAGAGCUGAUCAAGGAGGGACAGGAGGCGCAGAGAAAUUCUGGGAGUGGUGUGAAUCAAUCACCCGCCAGUAUUGA